AUGCGUUCUACAACAAGAGCCCUCGCAGCUCUGCUCUCAACUAUCCUAUACGUUCCCUCUGCAGCACAAACUUGGUCCAACUGCAAUCCGACCUUACGAACCGACUGCCCUCCAGACUCCGCAUUGGGAAAAACCGUAAACAUUGACUUCAGCUCAAAGUCCGACAGUUUCACUCCGCAGGGCAACCCAACCUAUGGCUCCGAUGGCGUAUCCUUUACCGUCUCAAAGUCUGGCGAUGCGCCACAGCUCACUUCGCUAUGGUACAUAAUGUUCGGCAGGGUAGACAUUCAACUCAAGGCUGCGCCGGGCGCGGGCAUUGUUAGCAGCUUUGUCUUGCAGUCCGACACCCUUGAUGAGAUUGACUGGGAAUGGCUUGGUGCAGACCCGGAUGAGGCCCAGUCCAACUAUUUUGGAAAAGGUCAGACAACCGACUACAACCGUGGUGCUUUCCAUUCAGACCCCGGUAGCCAGUCAGGCUUCAAGACGUAUACAAUCAUCUGGACACCAGAGCAGAUUGCAUGGCAGAUUGACGGACAAACUGUGCGCACUCUUGAACCUGCCAACGCCGACAACCAGUACCCCCAAACACCCAUGCAGGUCAAGUUUGGCUCGUGGAGCGGUGGUGACCCUUCGAACCCUGCCGGUACUAUUUCUUGGGCUCGUGGUCCUACCGACUACUCCAAGGGACCUUUCACUAUGACUGUCAAGUCGCUCAAGGUCCAGGACUACUCCACUGGUUCCCAGUACAUCUACGGCGAUCAAUCUGGUACUUGGAAAUCCAUAAGGUCCAACGGCGGUACCAUUUUCGCGGGAGGUAAUGCUCCAAUUGCAGACGCACCAGCAGUCACCGCAACAGCUAAUGGCGCUCCUCUGCCUUUCCAACCUCACCAAACCAGUGCCGAGCGCCCCAGCGUUUACCCCUGGAUUCCUGACCCGAGCGCUACUCCCACUGCUCAACCCACAUUUGCAAACUACCCUGGCCUUCCGAGUGGGUGGACUGUUUCCAGUUCCGGAAAGGUGAUUCCACCCAGCUCAGCCACUAUGUCCCCUCCAGGUUCCUCUAUCUCAUCGCCGCAAGCUUUGCCUACGGAUUCCUCCGGCAAUGGGCCUAAGACUGUAACUGGCUACGACGACCGUGGCUUCACGACAAUUCGCACAAUUUACCCCGAAGCCACGCCAGCACCCUCAGGCAACGGACCACAGGGCAACGCUGGGGAGGCGAUCCCUGCCGCUCCCUUGGCAGCAAGUUCUUGGACCCUCGUCCUCUCCAGCAUCCUGCCCUGGGCAAUUGUACUCCUCCAUAUUCCAACCUGCCUCGGCUUCUAGGCGAGUUGGGAAAAUGUAUGGUAUACCAUGGACUUCGGACCAGCCUAUUCUAUCCUGGGUGCUGGUAUCGUCGCGAUGUUUGCAUGUCUAAUGAAAUGCGUUACGAAUGGGUAUAUUGGUUUCAAAAUCUCCAUCAAAUUGUGGGCGGGUCCUUGGCCUGACGCAAGCUGGAAGUGGAACUACAAGUUUAAGGGCAGCAAGGAGACGGAAGCGACGUAUAGAGCCAUAUGGGCGUCACUUCGACAGUUCGUUCUUGGAGCUUGAUUUAUUUUUUGUUUGGUUUUAUUGCAUAGCGUCUGGUUUUGGUAUUUGAGCGUAUUGGCUUUUUGGUUUAUUAUGGCAUAUCUGCAGGCGAUUGAGUUGGUUGGCCUGCGGUUGAUGUGGAUUCAUGGUCUGUUUUCAUACGAGAUUAUAGAGUAUAGGAGACGAUGUCAUGUCGUAACGUAAUGAACUUAUUAUGUAUAUUG